AUGUCCGCUGCCAUCGCCACUGCGACCACACCGCGGACCACACUUGAUGCCCAAGGAAAUCCCACGAACCUCACACCAGCCAAUCUUGCAAGGAUCAUGGAUAUCCUCACUGGCUCCUGGGAGAGGAGCACCCUUGAAACCUACAGCUCUGGCCUGCUCAUCUACCAUGUUUAUUGCGAUGACAAAGGCAUUGAUGAAGAGCAACGCGCUCUGAUGAGCCUGGUGUUAGCCGUGUCAUUUGUUUCAAUGCUUGCGGGCGCAUACUCUGGAAGCACCAUUCGCAACUACUUCUAUGGAGUAUGUGCCUGGCAUAUCUUACAUGGCAUCCCAUGGGAGAUGAAUGAACCAGAGAUGGAGGCCCUCCUCAAAGGUGCUGAAAAGGCAGCACCAGCAUCUUCAAAGCGCAAGAAAAGAGUGCCGUACACCCUGGACUUCAUUACAGCCAUCAAAGGCCAACUCGACCUGUCAAAGCCUUUUGACAGCACAGUUUACGCAUGCCUCACCACAACAUUUUACGCUGCGGCCCGUUUGGGUGAAUUUGUUAUCCCCAACCUGAAAUCCUUCAACGCAGCGCUCCACGUCAAACCAUCAGACAUAAAACAUGAGACGGACCAUAACGGGCUCCAUUCCACUGUAUUCCAUAUCCCAAGGACAAAGGCAUCAAUCCAUGGAGAGGAUGUCUCAUGGUCAAGGCAGAACAGCCCUACUGAUCCUGAGGUCACUCUCCAGUACCAUCUGGAGAUAAACAUGCCACCACCGAACAGUGCACUGUUCGCCUACAAGUACAAAAACGGACACAGACCAAUGACGAAGCCCGCAUUCCUCAAAGUGUUAGCAACAGCUGCAAAAUCCGUGGGCCUCGAACCACGCCAAGGCCAUGGAAUCCGAAUCGGAUCAACACUGGAGUACCUACUAUGUGGAAUACCAUUUGAAGUCGUGAAGGUCAAAGGACAAUGGGCAAGCGACGCUUUCCUGAUAUACCUCACGAAACACGCCCAGAUCCUGGCCCCCUAUAUGCAAGCAUGGCCCGAACUGCACAGCAAAAUAACACGGCUCACAAUGCCCCACCUACGCCACACAUAA